CUUCCCUUCACAAUCAUGGCGUCCGGGGCGGGGCGGAGCUUCCUUGGGCGUGAGAAAAGGGGCUGGCCGCGGAAAACAGGAGAUCAUGUGACUGGGAAGAUGGCUGUCUUUCCCUGGCACUCUCGGAACAGGAACUACAAGGCGGAGCUGGCCUCUUGCAGGUUGGAGACAGUGCCUCUGGAGUGUGGGGACUACCACCCGCUGAAGCCCAUCACUGUCACCGAGUCAAAGACGAAGAAAGUGAACCGGAAGGGAAGCACUUCAUCCACAUCGUCCUCCUCCUCCAGCUCCGUGGUCGAUCCUCUGAGCAGUGUCCUCGAUGGCACCGACCCCCUGUCCAUGUUUGCAGCCACCUCGGACCCAGCAGCCACAGUAACAGUCACCGAAAGCUCCAGAAAGAAACGUGAUAAGGAUGACAACUCCUUUGUGGGACCUGAUUUUGAGCCCUGGGCCAAUAAACGGGGCGAAAUCCUUGCCCGGUACACAACUACGGAGAAGCUGUCUAUUAAUCUGUUUAUGGGGUCAGAAAAAGGUAGAGCUGGGGCUGCGGCUUCUGCCAUGUCAGAGAAGGUUCGGACUCGUCUGGAAGAGCUGGAUGACUUUGAGGAGGGAUCCCAGAAGGAGCUGCUGAACCUGACCCAGCAGGAUUAUGUGAACCGCAUAGAGGAGCUCAACCAGUCUCUGAAGGAUGCCUGGGCCUCCGACCAGAAAGUUAAGGCUCUGAAGAUUGUCAUUCAGUGCUCAAAGCUGCUGUCAGACACGAGCGUUAUUCAGUUCUACCCAAGCAAAUUCGUCCUCAUCACUGACAUCCUUGAUACGUUUGGAAAGCUGGUCUAUGAGCGCAUCUACUCCAUGUGUGUGGACAGCCGCGGUGCCUUGCCAGAUCAUUUCUCUCCAGAGAACGUGAAUGAUACAGCCAAGGAGACAUGCCUGAACUGGUUUUUCAAGAUCGCUUCCAUCCGGGAACUCAUUCCGAGAUUUUACGUGGAAGCAUCCAUCCUGAAGUGUAACAAAUUCCUCUCCAAAACGGGGAUUUCAGAGUGCCUGCCCCGACUAACCUGCAUGAUCAGAGGGAUUGGGGACCCACUCGUGUCCGUGUACGCCCGGGCCUACCUGUGUCGGGUGGGGAUGGAGGUGGCCCCGCACCUCAAGGAGAGCCUCACUAGGAACUUCUUUGACUUCCUGCUUACAUUUAAACAGAUUCAUGGAGACACUGUCCAGAACCAGCUGGUGGCCCAGGGUGUGGAGCUGCUGUCCUAUCUCCCUCUGUACUCGCCUGCCAUGGGCUGGAUCUUCCAGUGUGUCUCCUACCAUGCUCCUGAGGCUUUGCUGAUGGAGAUGAUGGAAAGGUGUAAGAAACUAGGGAACAAUGCUUUGCUCCUGAACUCCGUGAUGUCAGCUUUCAGGGCUGAGUUCAUUGCCACCAGGUCUAUGGACUUUAUCGCCAUGAUUAAAGAGUGUGACGAGUCUGGCUUCCCCAAGCAUCUCCUUUUCCGUUCACUGGGCUUAAACUUGGCCUUGGCGGAUCCUCCCGAGAAUGACCGACUUCAGAUUCUCAAUGAAGCUUGGAAAGUCAUCACUAAAUUGAAGAGUCCUCAGGACUACAUUAAUUGUGCUGAGGUUUGGGUGGAGUACACCUGCAGGCAUUUCACGAAACGAGAAGUUAACACUGUUCUGGCUGAUGUCAUCAAGCACAUGACUCCAGAUCGAGCAUUUGAGGACUCCUACCCCCAGCUUCAGUCAAUAAUUAAGAAAGUCAUCGCCCACUUCCACGAUUUCUCAGUUCUUUUCUCAGUGGAAAAGUUUCUACCAUUUCUGGACAUGUUCCAGAAAGAGAGUGUGCGGGUGGAGGUUUGCAAGUGCAUAAUGGAAGCCUUUAUCAAGCACCAGCAGGAGCCAACCAAGGACCCUGUCAUCCUGAAUGCCCUUUUGCACGUUUGUAAGACUAUGCACGACUCUGUGAACGCUCUCACUCUUGAGGAUGAGAAAAGGAUGCUGGCCCAUUUGAUCAAUGGCUUUAUAAAAAUGGUGUCCUUUGGCCGUGAUUUUGAGCAGCAGCUCAGCUUUUACGUUGAGUCCAGGUCGAUGUUUUGCAAUCUGGAACCUGUUCUUGUGCAGUUGAUCCAUAGUGUGAACCGGUUGGCAAUGGAAACAAGGAAAGUCAUGAAGGGAAACCACUCCAGAAAGACAGCCGCGUUUGUCCGGGCCUGUGUUGCCUACUGCUUCAUCACCAUCCCCUCCCUGGUGGGGAUCUUCACCCGCCUCAACCUCUACCUGCAUUCCGGUCAGGUUGCCUUGGCCAACCAGUGCCUCUCCCAAGCUGAUGCUUUUUUCAAAGCCGCCAUCAGCCUUGUUCCGGAAGUCCCAAAGUCGAUAAGCAUUGAUGGGAAGCUGCGGCCAUCAGAACCCUUCCUCCUGGAAUUCCUGUGCAAUUUCUUCUCUACCCUAUUGAUCGUGCCGGAUCAUCCAGAACACGGAGUCCUAUUUCUGGUUCGAGAACUUCUCAACGUUAUCCAGGACUAUACCUGGGAGGACAGUAGUGACGACAAAAUCCGGAUCUACACCUCUGUCCUGCACCUGCUGUCUGCCAUGAGCCAGGACACCUAUCUUUACCACAUAGACAAAGUUGACUCCAAUGACAGCCUGUACGGGGGAGACUCCAGGUUCCUGGCUGAGAACAGCAAGCUGUGUGAGGCAGUGAUGGUUCAGAUCCUGGAGCACCUGAAAACCCUGGCCAAGGAUGAGGCCCUGAAACGACAGAGCCUGCUGGGCCUCUCUUUCUUCAAUAGCAUCCUAGCCCACGGGGACCUUCGUAACAACAAGCUGAACCAACUCUCUGUCAACUUGUGGCACUUGGCACAGAGGCAUGGCUGUGCAGACACAAGGACCAUGGUGAAAACUCUGGACUACAUCAAGAAGCGAAGCAAACAACCUGACAUGAAUCAUCUGUCUGAGCUGGCCCUGAGGCUCCCUCUGCAAACCAGGACCUGAGAACUUGCCCUUUGAUGGGGGAGCCCAGUGUCACGUCCUGGAAUGCCUGCUUGGCUGUCAACUCUUCCUAGAAUUUAGAGGUUUUGUUAUUUUUACUUUUAUACAGAUUGGUUUUAAGCUUUUGCCUUCUCUUGUCUAUUCUGACGGAAGGGGAAUUGACACAGUAUUAAAACCCAGUCUUGUUCUUUAGAUAGCAGCAUCUUGGUGUGUGUUGGUAAGGCCUUCUGGUUUCCAGCUCCUAAGAUCUGUACACACUAGUGCGGAGCAGCCAAGGGUGCAGGCCUUUCUUUUCUGAAGGGUAUUUCCAUUUGCUGAAAAGCAACCCCCGGUUGCACAUCACUCUCUUAGGUUAGAGACUGUGUCCUAUAAAACACCUUGGGGAAUAAUGUCAGCUUGCCCAUUGGCUCUUUUCCAACCACAAGAAGCAUAUUUGGAUUUAGAAUACAGGAGAAACUGAGGUCACAUCUGAGUCUCCCUAUAGUCACAGUAGAAAUGUCUGUAAUCAAUGGGGCAUAGAGGUGCUCACCUGUUAACCCAGCACUUCACAGAGAAAGGCAGAGGAUGCCAUGAGUUUCAGGUCAACCUAUGAUGACUGCAGUGCCCUUCCUAUAACUAAGUAACUAUCCUGAAAGAUCAGCUGUGCUUCCCACUGUUGGCUGAUCACUUCUGCCUCCUAGAAAGCACAUCCGGAUUACACGCUGCUGGGCACAGGGCUGUGCUUCUCAGUGAGUUUGACUGACCUUGGUUGUUUGGGCUGCACUGACUACUGAUUCACAACCUGGAACCUACUAUUGCCUGUGAAAAUACAUCCAAGUUCUGGCUUAGCUGUGUUUCUGGUGCUCUAGUGGCACACAUUUCAAGUUCCAGCUACUUGGGGAGCUGAGACAGGGUUGCUUGAAGCUAGUCCGGGCAAAACACACACAUUCAAAAACUCUGUGCUUUAGGUAUCGAUUUUAUUUAUCUUCAUUCUGAAACACAAUACAUGACUAACCUCAGAAAGAAGUUAAAGUCAUAUAUAUUUAUGUGUACAUGUCUUUAUUAGUUUAAGACCAAGGUUAUUGCUGUACAUACAUUUGGGACCAAUCUGAAGACAGUACCCUCCAGCCCAAGGAACUGAAUAAAAUUUCUUAAAAACAAAACCAAAACUGAAUAGAUGAGGCUAAGGAUAUGGCUCAGUUAGUGGAAUGCUUGCCUGGCAGACACAAGGCCCCAUAUAAAACAGUGCCAUGACACAGACCCAUAAUCCCAGUAGUUAGGAGGUAGAGACAGGAUUGGAUCUGUUCAAGGUCCCCAGUUACAUGUUUGAAGCUAGUCUGGGAUAUAUGAGCCCUAGUCUCAAAAACAAAAACCAGGUAUUAAAGAAUGCCUUUCCUCUGCUGUGAACAAACAUGCCAGAACCCAGAAUGCACUAUGCUGCUGUUCAGAUACUCCCAAGUGGCCUUUAUUUCACAAAACUUUCCACUAUAAUUAUCUUAUGUCACUUUCAUUAUGGUGUUAAUUCUUUGAAAAAUAACUGGCAAAUUCACAAAUAAUUCUUUGUAAGUUAUUCUCUUGCCUCAAGGCUGCCCACGUUGAAUAGCAUUAGUGCUUUACAUUGACCUAGAGAAUUCCCAGUGCUUCUGUGUUAACCUCGGCUUAGCCUCACAUUAGGCACACACACCACAGGGCUCCUGAACUAACCUGCUGACCAGCAGUGUUAUUGACAGGCCACCUCCACAAACAGCACCUGUUGGUGUUGGGAAGGAUGUGUGAAGAGACUUAGGAAGUAAAAAACAGGAUGCUUGUCUGUCAGUCAUUCCUGGUCCUUGUUGCUGUAACAAAUUUCAAGCAGUGACUUCCUGUGGUCUUACUGACAGCUGUUGGUCAGAACUCACUGGCUUCUCUGGGCUAGGUCAAGGUGUUGCCGUGACUAAGUUCUUUUGUGGGCACUUGGUGGAAAGAAAUGCUGCAUGGCUUCUGAAGGCUGCCUGUGUUCUUGGCUUGUGGCCUUUUCCUUCCCCAGUGACUGUGGUGGCUUCCAAGCCUCUUCCACACUAACUCCUGCUACCUACCAGUUAAGGAAUUUUAUGAAGAACCUACUCAGGUAAUCAAGGAUCUUAUUUCAAAUUCAUCUGAUAGCCAGUGGUGGCUUGAAGCCAUGCAGUGGUGCACAACUUUAAUCCCAGCACUCCGGAGGCAGAGAUGGGUGGAUCUGAGUUUUAAGGCUAGCAUGGUCUUCAGGGGUACACAAAGAAACCCUGUCUUGAAAAACCAAAAAA